AUGAACUUCCCACCGCAGAUGCCGCCGAAGCGCAAAGAGCCGCCAAAUCCAUCGAGCUCCAAACCGAAUAAGAAGGUCAAGAGAGUUGGUCCGAGAUCUGAAAGCAGAGACAAUGCUCCGAAUGGCAACAACGGGGACAAGGAUGCAGAGGCUUCCAAGCCCAAACGUGUUCGGACGGGCUGUCUCACCUGUCGGGAGCGCCACUUGAAGUGCGAUGAAGCCACACCAAACUGCAACAACUGCAAAAAGAGCAAUCGAAUAUGCAGGCGUGGCGUGCGAUUGAACUUCAUCGAUACUUGGGUCGAUCGACCACCGACAAUUGUCACACUCUACGGCACUCACGAUUGGAAAGUCGAGUUUCUAGACGAGUCACGCGAGAUUGCCAGCGAGUAUCGGGGAGGCGCCCAGCGAUACAAGCGUAUCCGGCAGGAUGUCAACACGAAUGCAUUGGACACUGCCGUUGCGUUCGAAUUCCCCACCAACGAUGCUCAAGUUGCCGCAAUGGCCCAGCCUUUACCGUCCAUACACGGCCUGAUGCCAGAUGCAUAUCAGGAGCCACCCAGCCACCAGCCCAGCAUGAACAACAUCUUCGACGUGCAACCCAAACAGGAUGCGAAUCACUUUCAACAACAAGCGCCUCCUCAUUCGAGUUCAGCUCAGCAAUCACAAUAUGCUGAAUCAGGUAUGAAAGCCUUGCAAGGCUCUGUGACAAGCCACCAUACGCUUGAAACUGACUUACCAGAACAUGAGAAUCAAAGGAAAGAGUACCUCGACGGUCAAGAGGAGACGCUCUUCAUGCAAGUCUUCGUGGAAGAGGUCGGCCUGUGGAUGGACAGCAUGGACUCGCAGAAGCACUUCUCCCGACUGCUGCCGUUCCACUCACUGUCGGAGCCCAUGCUUUUGAAUGCCUUCCUGGCCUGUGGAGCGCGACACCUGACGCUGGUCAAUCCUGCUUACACCGAAGAGAAGGCUCUCAACUACUACGAUACCGCCACGAGACAUCUCCUGAGAAACCUACAGAACCCGAAUCGAGACACGGUCAUCUGUGCGACGACGGCUGUAAUACUAAAUGUAUACGAGAUAAUGUCUGAGCGAGCAUUGCAACGCAUGAACCAUAUCGCCGGCGCUCGGGCGUUGAUCAAAGAGUGCGGAUGGAAUGCUCGCGCACAAGGCAUUGGGUCGGCUUGCUUCUGGCUCAAUGUUGGUCUGGAAGUCUUGUCAUGCCUACACUUCAACUGGCAGGUCGCGUGGGAUCCCGACGAAUGGGGUGUUGACUUGGACUUCAGCCGGGAGCUGCACAAUGGACGUGAAGAGGUCUGGACGCAUCGAAUGUUGUACAUUGUUGCGAAGGUGUGCAACUUCCGAGCCACAAUGCCACGGCAGCCGGAGAUGAAUCACCGUGACAACCAGGUCAGAUCACAGCAACGCCACGAGGAAUGGUCUCGCCUAAAAUCGUUGUGUGACGCAUGGAACGAUGGCAUACCCAGGACGAUGCAUCCCAUGGCUUACCUGAACGCUUUUCAAACCAGCUCGAAGUCUGUCUUUCCGGAGGUAUGGCUGAUCAAACGCUCUACAAUCGUCGCAAGGCUUUUCUACCACACCGCGAUGCUGCUAAUGUCUCAAAUCCAUCCAUACUACUAUGUACACAAUAACCCUGAGAUGGCGGACAUGCAGACGCGACAUGCACAGAUGAUUUGUGGUAUUGUCGCGCAUGUCAAGGAUCGCGGCGUUGCGUCUGUGGCCAUUCGAUCACUCGCCCAUGCUGCCGAGGUCCUCACCGACCGCAAAGAACAAGACGAGGUCCUCACAAUAUUUGAGAAGAUCAACAAAGAGACCGGCUGGAGGAUCGGGUUCGUGUACAAGGAGCUCAAGGAGAAAUGGGGCUGGAAUGAAGAGCCUUCACCACAACAAUUCGCUCAAACCCAUACAGCUCACCGACAAGCGAAAGAAGCCCAAGAGGCUCAACAGCGUCAAAUGCAGGAACAAGCGCAUCGAAAAUCCAUGCAGCUCCAACAAGGAUUCGACUUCAACCAGCAGCAAAGCAUGGCGACGGGCUUGCCACAACAGACGACCCCAAAUCAACACAUGCAACCUACGCCUCCUCUGCCAUCGCAGCAGACGCCACAGCCACAGCAAAACAAGCGACCGCCGUCAGGCAUCCCCAAUCCGAUGUUCUCGAAGGCGGACUUCAACUUGCCGCAACAUCCUUAUCAGAAUUUCUACGUGCCGCCGAACAAUGUCGGCUUCGGCAACCCAACCCAAGGCGGACCACUUCAAGGAGGCCCGCUGUACUACAACCCAUAG